GGAACCAACAACAACUCUGUGUGUGUAAUGUUAAAGCAGCCACAGGACCAUUUGCACACUUGGGAUUAAAAAGCUCUACCUCGAUUAACGCCGGUGCACUAUUCCUGCUGAUUUUUUGUGUCUGCUGAUCGGCAGCAGGUUGAUGCUCUCGUCCCCCCCAUGUUGGUCACCUUGAGCAUCCUGAGCAGAAAACUCCAGAGUUGAUGUCUUGAGCCAUGAAUGUCUUGGGAACUCCAACCAGGCCAGCGAAUGGAGUGGCUAGAUCAGAAAGCAGGAUGAGUGCAAAGGCCCUCUUUGAGCAAAGGAAAAAAUAUUCUAACUCCAAUUACAUCAUGCAUGAAACGUCACAGUAUCAUGUUGAGCAUCUGUCCACCUUCAUCAUGGACAAGACCGAGUCCAUCGCCACUGUGGACGAUGCCAUCAAAAAACUUGUCCUUUUGGAUUCAAAAGACAAGAUUUGGACUCAGGAAAUGCUUUUGCAAGUCACUGAUAAGGCAGUUCGGCUGUUGGACUGUGACACCCAGGAGGAGCUGGAGAACUUCCCCCUACCCACUAUCCAUCUGUCUCAGGCUGUGCUAAACCAAACUCGCUACCCGUCGGUCCUGCUGCUCGUGUGUCAAGACAAGGAUCAGCACCGGCCGGACAUCCAUUUUUUCCACUGUGACGAGGUGGAGGCUGAACUGGUUCAUGCCGAUAUAGACAGUGCACUUGGAGACAACAAAUAUGGAAAGAAAUCAAGGCCUCAGACACUCAAAAUCAACCAGGAGAAAAUGAAGCGCCAAAGAGAGACCAUCAUACCCCACUCGCCGACCAAGCCCGCCCCUGUUGCAAAGGGACGUGUUGCUGCCCCCAUUCCACAAGAGAGGCGAGUCUCUGGACACAAUGACUCAGAGUCGCAUGAAAAGUUGGCCCAGCGCAUUGAGAAGGAUGUACAAAUACUCAACUGUGCUCUGGACGAUAUUGAAAUUUUUGUGGCGAGGGUGCAAAAAGCAGCCGAGGCCUUUUCCCAACUCAGCCAACGCAACAAGAGUAAGAAGAAUAAGAAGAAAGGACCAGCAGAGGGCAUGCUGACCUUGCGAGCAAAGCCCCCCUCAGAAGAAGAGUUCAUCGAUAGCCUCCAGAAACUGAAGCUGGCUUUCAACCUCUUGGCCAAACUGAAGAAGCACAUCCAGAAUCCAAGUGCCUCUGAAUUGGUUCAUUUCCUCUUCGGCCCUUUGGAGCUGGUCCUGCAAAGUUUGCACAGUCCUGAGCUGGUACGGUCCAUCAUCUCCCCCCACCUUUCCAAAGACGCUGUAGACUUCCUGCGGGGUCACCUCACCCCCAAAGAAACUAUCACCUUUGAGCUUCUAGGAGAGGGAUGGACUAAACCCAGAGCUGAAUGGCCAAGGGAUCAGUGUGCUCCUCCUUACUAUCCCAAGUUCCGGAACGGCUGGGAGCCUCCUGCAGAGCUCUUUAGAACAGCUCCGUGGGAAACAGAGGGUCCUGGUGGGACUCCAGUGUCCCCCAUUUCGCUGGGAUCUCCCAUUAGUCCAGAUUACAGGAAACACUCAGCUGAUGAUUUCUAUGGAACUCAUUCUUCUAAUUCGUCCAAUGGGUCCUACAACGGGAUGCUGCCCCCUCGCAAAUUUGCCAAAAUCCGUUACCACUUUGUAGCGCGGAAUGCCAAUGAGCUGUCAGUGCUGAUGGAUGAAAUUCUUGAGGUGAUUGAGGACGGCAAGCAGUGGUGGAAACUAAGAAAUCAUAGCGGCCAAGCAGGUUACGUUCCGUCUAACAUCCUGGAUGUUGUCAGCAUUUCAGAGCAUGAUGCUAUAUACGGCCAGCAAGGCUAUGGUGCAAUAUCCCCACGUUCACUCAGCCCAGGAGAUAACUUCAGCAAGGGUCGGCACAAAGACAAGAUGAUGGAUGAAGUCAACAGCGAGCUACUGAUGAAGAUCACUGCAAACAAAAGCCAGGCACCUGCCAGAAAGUUCCGCGUUGAGCGACCGGUCGCAAGUAAAGUAACACUGACCGAACAAUCCAGCCCAGAGCAGGUCAAGUCUUGGCUCACUGACAAGGGUUUCUCCAACGCGACGGUGGAAUGUUUGGGCAUCCUGACUGGUGCGCAGUUGUUUUCCCUCAAUAAACAAGAGCUGAAGGCCGUGUGUGGAAACGAAGGCGCCCGCGUCUCAUCUCAGAUCACCGUGCAGAAAACACAAAUAGAGAAAGCGUGUGGAGACAAUGAGCUUCAAGAGGUCAUGAAGCGCAGACAGGAGCGAAUCGACUCAGGCAGCACAGACUGAAGAAUCGCCCCAAAGUCCCUCCCGACUCUUCCAGAUCAGUGGUGUAGUUUAGUACACUUUGUACACAUUUGAAUUGUAUAUUUAUUUUCUCCCAUUCUGUAUCUAUGCAAACUAAUUUGUCUGUAAUGUCUCUUCAGUGUGGAUCAAAUAUUGUGUUUAGAGAGGAUGUACAGUUUAGUGCGUGUGUUGUGCGCGCAUGCGUUAUUCAUGUAACAGCAAUACUGUACAUGCUUGUCGUGGUACAUGCUGAUGCUUAAUGGCAAUAUCAGUAUGGCAGUUUAGUCAAUGACUCAGUGAAAAAGAUUUUGAAUAAUUUGUGCCAGAAUGUUUUCACAAUUUUUUUUUCAUGUAUAGCCAAUGAUUUUAAUAUUGCCAGUUUACAGUGGGAAGCAGGUGAUACAAAUAGCAUCACCUUAUAUGGGAAUAAAGUUAUGUAUUCUACAUUUGACCGUAAUUCUGCGGGGAAUCUGGAAAGCAGUGAAAUAAUUCUGACAAUUAUAAUUUGUGUAUUUCAACUGUUCUGUUUAACUGUAAGUAAAAAGAUUGACACAUAACCAAAUUGCCUUUAAAUAUGCGAAGCAAGUGCAAAACAUGUUGAUUAAAUGUUUGAUGUUGAACAAUCUUGUGGUAAUUAUUGAAAAAAUGUUUUAAUGAGGAUAGCAGACGGCCACCAAUCCACCUUUCUGUGGCGUUUGAUUGUUUUGGUAUUUUUUGUAUUUUAAAAAUUCAGAUCAUUCUACUUCCUAGAAAGGUUUAAUUUUCAUGAAAAAAAAAAUGCAUA